GAGGAGGCUCUGCUGAAGCUGCUGCCAGUGAUCAAAGUCUCUAAGAAGGUUGAGUGGCUGUAACCUCACAGAAAGAAGCUGUGAAGCUCUGUCCUCAGUCCUCAGCUCCCAGUCUUCUAGAUUGAGAGAGCUGGACAUGAGUAACAACAACCUGCAGGACUCAGGAGUGGAGCUCCUUUGUGCUGGACUUGGGAGUCCUCACUGUAAACUGGAAACCCUCAGGCUGUCAGGUUGUCUGAUCACAGAAAAAGGUUGUGAGUCUCUGGCUUCAGCUCUGAAGUCCAACCCCUCCCAUUUGAAAGAGCUGGACCUGAGCUACAACCACCCAGGAGACCCAGUGAAGUUCCUGUCUGCUCAACUGGAGGAUCCACACUGGAAACUGGAAACUCUCAGGGUCGAGCCUCAAGGAGUCCAGUGGUUGAGACCAGGUCUAAGGAAAUCUACCUUCUACAGUUUAUCAGGGGAACACCAAGGCAUUCCCAGGUCCUCCAAGAGCUAUAAUCUCGCCAGUGUGUCCUGGUCUGCCCCGGAUAAAACAUGCCCAGAACAUCUCAACCACGAGACACUCAGGAGGCAUCUUGUUCAGAUGUUCGAACCACCUCAACUGGUUUCUUUCGACGUGGAGGAGUAG